AUGACUUUUGUAAAAAAACUCAUUAAUAAAUUAAACAAAAAAACAAAUAUUGAAGAUAAAAUUGAACAGGAUAAUUCAUGGUCGAAUUAUAUUGAAAAAAAUAAAAAUUCUUGGAAUGUUGAAGAAAAUGAAAACUCUUGGAAAUUUGAAGAAAAUGAAAACUCUUGGAAAUUUGAAGAAAAUGAAAACUCCUGGGAUGAAAAAAAUAAUGAAUCUUCUUGGUCAACUAACGAAAAAGAAAUUCUUGAAACCUCUUUCACAUUAAUUGAACAAGAAAAUCCAUUUGAUAAUACAUUAAUUAUUAAAGAAACUAAUAUAAAAAUAUGUCAAUUAGAAAUACAAUUUCUAUUAAUAAAAUUACAACUUGCAGAAGAAGAUAUUAUUAAAUAUAUUGAUCCAUUUCAAAUAUGUUAUAGUCAACGACAAAUUAAUAAUACCUUUCAGAUAGGUAAUGAUAUAGAAAAUACUAUUAACGAUCUUGUUAAUAACAAAAUUAAAAUAGAAAAUUUUCCUAUUAUACAAAUUUGUAUAAUAGAUGAUAUAUUUUAUUCAUCAGACAAUAGAAGACUUUAUUGCUUUAAAGAAGCAAUAAGAAGAGGAUUAAAUAUUAAAAAAAUACCUGUAAAUAUAAAACGUAUAUCAGAUCUUAACAUAAAUUGGAAAAUGAAAGGCAAUUAUAAAAUUGUUAAACAUAAUGAUUAUAGAAAUAUAAUUGUUAGUCCUUUUGCAAAAAAUGGAAGAGUUAUUGAUAAAAAAGGAUAUUGGGAAUAUCGAGAAUAA